AUGUCUGGACACGGGAAGAGGGCCACAGUCAAAUCCCAGGCCAAAACGUCCCGUUCUGCAAGAGCAGGAUUAACGUUCCCAGUGGGCCGUGUCCACAGACUCCUCAAGAAGGGAAAUUACACCGAGCGAGUGGGUCCUGGUGCUUCUGUCUACCUCGCAGCUGUCCUGGAGUAUCUUUGUGCUGAACUCCUGGAGCUGGCUGGGAAUGCCAGCCGUGACAACAAGAAAUGCCGCAUUGCUCCUCGCCAUAUCCUACUGGCGGUGAAAAAUGACGAGGAGCUCAACAAGCUGCUGGCUGAGGUUACCUUCUCAGAGGGCGGUGUCAUACCGAACAUCCACGCCACACUUCUCCCUAAGAGGACCAAGCUGCCUAAAGAUGAUGGUGCCAAAGAGUCACAAGAAUUUUAAC